CUUUCAGGUAUUUGGUUUGAGGAAGUAGGAUUCAAGUAGCUUAAAGCUAAUGUGUGAAUAGAAAAAGAGAGUAGAGGAUAAUGAAGACCAACAUGCAAGUAAAAGGAAGAGGAGGAAACAUGAAGGCUAAUACACAACAAGUGAUUUUUGAGCUGAAGAAGAAGGUUGUUACUGCAUUAAACAAGUUAGCAGAUAGAGAUACAUAUCAGAGAGGAGUUGAUGAGCUUGAGAAAACUGUUGAGCAUUUGGCACCCGAUAAGGUUUCGUGUUUUCUCUCUUGUAUAUUGGAUACUGAUUCUGAGCAGAAGAGUGCUGUUAGGAAAGAGUGUAUUAGGUUGAUGGGUACUUUAGCUAGGUUUCAUGAGGGGCUUGUUGGUCCAUAUCUUGCUAAGAUGGUUUCUAGUAUUGUUAAGCGGCUUAAGGAUCCAGAUUCUGUUGUGAGAGAUGCGUGUAUUGAGACAAUAGGUGUUUUAGCUUCGAAGAUGAGUUGCUUUGAAGACCAGAACUAUGGGGUGUUUGUUUCCUUGGUGAAACCGCUUUUUGAAGCCAUUGGUGAUCAGAAUAAGUAUGUGCAGUCAGGUGCUGCCUUAUGCUUGGCCAGAGUCAUUGAUAGCAGUCCUGAAGCUCCAGUUGCGAUUAUACAACGCAUGUUAAUGCGGACAGUAAAGCUGCUCAAUAACUCACAUUUCAUUGCAAAGCCAGCAGUUAUUGAGCUUAACAGAAGUAUCAUCCUGGCUGGUGGGGCAACGUCGAAGAGUGUGUUGUCCUCAGCAAUGUCUAGCUUUCAAGAUGCCCUUAAAAAUAAGGACUGGACUACUCGUAAGGCAGCUUCUGUAGCACUUAUGGAAAUAGCUGCUACUGGUGAAAAGUUUCUUGGACCUCUGAAGGCUUCCUGCAUCUGCUCUCUUGAAUCAUGUCGCUUUGAUAAAGUGAAACCAGUGAGGGACUCAGUUAUCCUUGCCUUGCAAUAUUGGAAAGGUGUCCCUGGGUCUGAUAGUCCAGAGCCAUCUGAAACUGGAUCCUCUGUAAAAGAAAGUUAUAAUGGAGCUCGAGAGAGUAGUGAACUUUUCAGCACCAGUGACUCUAAAGUAAAGGAUGCUACGUCUAUCAAAUAUGUAACGGAUUUGGCAAGGAAAAAGGUUCCGGUUUCUGCCAGGCAACCACCUACACGUUACAAUGAUGACCCUCGAAAGACUAAACCAGAUAAUUGGCAUAUUGAAAUUGCAGUCCCAGAAUCUUCUAUUGUCUCCAAGGUUGAUCUUCAUAAUGAAGAAUCAGAAGGCAGUUGCAUCACCAAGACGUUUGCAGAAGCGACAAACACCCUGACAUAUGAGUACAUUCCAAUGGAGGAUAAAGCAGAUUGCUAUGUAACAGGCGGAGUCAAUGAAAGUGAUGAUAUCAAGUCUAUUACAGUUUCAUCAAGCAGUUUCCGGGCAAGUGGUAUGGUGAAUCCAGCCAUAACGAGUAAGCAUUUUGCAGCUGAAGAAACUGAUACUGAGGAGCAGCCAUUCGCAACCAAAGUGAAGGAUCGUACAAGUAUUGAUUCUUCUGUAACAGUGUCAAGUUCUCAAAUCAAUCAUGACUGCUGUGCUGAGAUUGCCAUUGAAAUGGCUUCUGUACGUAAACAACUCUCAGAUAUUGAGAAUAAACAGUCACGUUUGAUAGAUCAGCUACAGGCCUUUUCAACAGGAAUAAUGAACAACUUUUCGGUUCUUCAAUCCAAGGUGUCAAGCUUAGAAAAUGCAGUUGAGGGGAUAGCUCAGAACGUUGUCUUGCAUUCAGAUAUAUCAAACUCCAAUUUUGUGAAGCACAACCAAGGUAGUACCCUGUCACCAAGGCUCUCUAGUUGCACUUCAAGAACUUCUACGGAUAUCCGCAAUCGGCAAUCUACAUUAUCCACUUCCAAGUACUCAAUGGCAAGGGAGAACAAAACACAUGUAAGAAGCAGACUAAAUGAAUCACAUGGCAUGGAGAAGACACGGAGUAAUCCUUUAGGUAAGACUGGUCAACAACAUACUAGAGAGGACAUUUGGAACAACAUUGGACAGGGAAGACAAACAUUGAUCCAGACCCGGACAUCUUCUGAUUCAAUUCAAAGCAUAAGACAACCUUACCCAGAGGUGAUGAGUGGAUCAAGGAAACCUGUGACUGGUGUUUCUUGUGAAGAUGUGGUUGAAUCAGAGUAUCUAGAAGUACUUUCUUCUGGUGAUGAGCUAGCACUUGUUGAGCUUCUUGACAGAACCGGGCCCGUGUUGGAGAGUAUGUCAUCACAGACCAUAAAUGAAAUUCUCAGUAUUCUCCUUUCAUACCUCCUCGAACGAAGAUUCAUGAAUUCAAUACUUCCUUGGUUGCAUCAGGUCGCUGACUUGAGCACUACAAAUGGAGCUAACUAUCUUAUUCCAUCUGCGAGAAAGAGAGCUCAAUUGUUGUCUGCAAUUCAGGAGGCUUCAGGCAUGGACUUUUCAAAUCUUGCUGAGAGGAGAGCAGUUACUCAAAUAGCAAUGAAGUUGCGCAAACUAUGGGGAAAAUGCUCUUGAUCAUUAUGGUGUGCUGAAGUAGACAAAACAGUGUUUAGCUACAAGCUGAUGUUUCUCCUAAGUAGUUGAAUUAAACUUGUUGAGAAAUU